AAACUUUCCCUAAAUAUUCCCUUAGCUGCUCAACAGUGUGCAAAUUUAACAGCGAGGGCGUGCGUUUUAAUGGUUUUCGCUUCGUUUUUGAAUAAGAUUGAGGUAAACGAGGUAAAAUAGGCAUCUGUUGGUGCGGAGCGGACCUGUAUCAGUUCCGGGUGUGUGUCUAUAGCUAAGGUCUGCUGGGCUGGACCAGGCUGGUCACCCUCACUGAGAGCCUCACUGAGAGCAGAGGAGUGGCCCUGUAACACAGCCUCAACUCACACACACAUACACAGAGUCCGGCUCACACUCCGCUCCCACGACUCCGCGGUUUCAUGCAGUAUAGCUGAAAGGGCUGGGGAGAAUGGCGGCGGCGUUGCUGUCGGAGUCGGAGAUCAGGCAGCGCUCCAUGGCUGAGGAGGAUCCGAACGGCAACGAGCACGGAGCGGCCGCCCGCAGCAGCGCGCCUCGCUGGGGACCGCAGCACGCCGGGGCCCGCCAGCUGGCCAAACUCUACUCUCCGGGGAAACGACUGCAGGAGUGGAUCUGUGUAAUCUUGUGCCUCUCACUCUUCGCUGUCAACUUCAUCCUCCUCCUUAUCAACUUCUCCACAGUGCACAUCUACAGAAUCAUCUUUGGCAUUGUGACUGGUAUAGUAACAGCAGACUUUGCCUCUGGAAUGGUUCAUUGGGGAGCUGAUACCUGGGGUUCUGUGGACAUCCCUGUCAUUGGGAAGGCAUUUAUUCGCCCAUUCCGGGAGCACCACAUUGACCCGACGGCCAUCACACGGCAUGACUUCAUUGAAACCAAUGGAGACAACUGCAUGAUCACCAUCCUGCCUCUCGCCCACAUGGCCUACAAGUUAAUGUCCUACACACCAGAUGCCCUUGCGGAGUCCUACCCCUGGGAGUGUUUCGUCUUUGCGCUGGCAGUUUUUGUGACCAUGACUAAUCAGAUCCACAAGUGGUCUCACUCCUACUUCGGCCUGCCUCGCUGGGUCACCCUGCUGCAGGACUGCCACCUAGUGCUGCCCCGCAAACACCACCGCAUCCACCAUGUUUCCCCUCACGAGACCUACUACUGCAUUACUACAGGUUGGCUUAACUACCCUUUGGAUCGAAUAGGUUUCUGGAGGAGGAUGGAGUGGCUGAUAGAGAGAGUGACUGGUCAGAAGCCGCGCUGUGAUGACAUGGCCUGGGCCAAGAAGACCGAUUAAGACCCAGAACUGGACUACACCCUCUCCCUCUUCCCGCCUUCAUCCCUUGCUUCUCUCCUCCUCAGCCAUAAAACUGAGGGGGCUCCUCUUAGAGGGAGAAAAGCAGAAUAUGGGCCUUACCCCUGACCCCCUUUUUCCUUCCUUUCCUCCCUCUUUCUGUCUCUCCAUAAUCCUUCCACAGAACCCCUCUGCUACUGAGGCCUUUACCAUUCUCUAAGGUCUGCCACACAUGGGCCAUGUGUCUCGCUUAUUCGUCAAGUUCCCUGCUUCCAGAGUUUUUCUUUCACAGACGGAGAACAGAAAGAGAGGGUGAGAGCGUAGCGCUAAAGAUGAGCGUGAUUAUUAAUGCUCCUGCAAUGCAUCCCAAUUUUAGCGUUGACUCUAAGCAGUCCUUUCAUCAUCGGCGGGUGCUCUUCUGAAUGUCCGCUGCUGCGUUCUCAUAUCUGUCAGAAAUGUAUAUUCUCUGGAGGUUGGGCUCUCCAGAGGGUUUUGGGGGGAAAUGUUCUUCUAUUGUCAUCAUCUUUUUUACUUUUCUUUUCAUUGCCAUUGGGUUAGGGGUCUGAGAAGAAACAGUUGUGUAUCAGCACUUCCAUCAGUCAGAGAGGAUACAGGCUCACAGCUAGAAUAGAAUAGAAUUCUGCUAUUUUCUACAUUACAAGUCCUCCUGUUUUUGGGCUGAUGAAGACAUCUAUAAGUGAACGUUUAAACACAAGGGGAAAGGGUUUUGUUGGCCAGCCGGAGUGGCCCGGGCUUCGCUGACCCUACUGAAUGUUUUCCCAGAAUGUGUCUGGCUCAGCCUGCAUUGGCCUUAAACAAAGCCCAUGUUCUUCAGAUCAGCAUGCUGAAGCUUUACUGCUGUAGACAAGCAUUGCUGGUUCCCUGUAUGAGGAUUGCUGGCCGGUAUGGAUUAGUUCAAGCAGUCUAGCACAUGUUAGUCUGGUUUGGUAAAUAGAAAAAAAAAAAAAAAAACCUACUGAAUUUUACUGAUUUUCUCUUUUUGCUGUGUGAAUUAAGAGGAAAAACGUUAGCCAUUUUUAAAGGGCCCAUAUCACAGCAAAAACACUUACAGUUUUUAAUAAGUGAUGAUUGAUGCAGUAAGCAAACUCGGCUGCAAUGGCAGGACAUCUUAAAUUUCUUGGGGUUUUUUGUGCCGUCACAAAACCCAGCAUAUUUAGAUUGGGGCUGGACCCGAAUAUUCGGGUAUUCGGAUAUUCGUUCGUUGAGUAGGUAUUCGGUUUUUAAUUUUGGUAUUCGGAUAUUCGUUUUUUUUCUCCUUUCCAGAGUUCCACCUCACUCUAACCACUUCUGUUCUCGCGGGUCCCGUCAGAAUAUCUUGCGCGCGGGACAGAACUGAACUGUUAUUGGCUGGAGCGGGAGUUUAAUCCAGACGAUGCGGGAGCAAAUUAAUAAAUAGUUAAGAAAUUUAAUAAAGUUAAUAAUUGUAAAAAAACCUAAAGAAAACUCUCAACGCGCAGGAUGGACCGACACACACACGCACACACCGAUGGUGUUUGGACUGGGGUAAGGAACGGGACCGCACUAUUCAGCGCUGCUGUUUUAAUAAAUAUAUAAGUAAAUUUGAAGCAUUAAAUGUAGUUUAUUUAAUUUAUAUUAGGAACGUGGGGCGGGAGCGGCAGAAAUGUGUAUGUGGCGGGCGGGCGCGGGAUUAAAAGAAGCAAUUUUUUUGCGGAGCGGUAACGAGACAGAAACGCGGGAGCGUGGAAGAGUGGGUUUAAAAAUCAGUCUCGCGCAGACCUCUAUUAUACAUGAUAAAAAAAAAUGCAGACUCUUCGAAACUGAUUUAUAUAAUAAAACGUAAGGGGUAAUGUGGCAACAGUAGGGGCUAAAUCGGUUACAAAAGCCUGGCCUACAAAAAUGAUGUCUGAACGAAUUUCCUCUUAUCUAAUAUAAUUUAAAAUGGUUUAAAAAUAUAAAAUAAUUUCUAAGCAAACGAAAUAUUUAAUAUUGAGCUUAUAGCCCAAGUGCAAAAAUACAAAAUCAGUAAUAUGCUCUGCACAAUCCUUAAACCGAAAUAGACCAAGUACAAUAAUGUCAUUAACAAUGACUUUCCUCUACUCUAAUAUAAUUUAACAUGGUUUAAAAUAUAAAAUAAUUUCUAAACAAACGAAAUAUUUAAUAUUGAGCUUAUAGCCCAAGUGCAAAAAUACAAAAUCAGUAAUAUGCCCUGCACAAUCCUUAAACCGAAAUAGACCAAGUACAAUAACGUCAUUAACAAUGACUUUCCUCUACUCUAAUAUAAUUUAACAUGGUUUAAAAAUAUAAAAUAAUUUCUAAACAAACGAAAUAUUUAAUAUUGAGCUUAUAGCCCAAGUGCAAAAAUACAAAAUCAGUAAUAUGCCCUGCACAAUCCUUUAACCGAAAUAGACCAAGUACAGUUUACAAUGACUGUCCUCUAAUAUAAUCAACAAUGUUUAAGAAUAUAAAAUACUUCCUGAACAAACGUUUUUUUUGUUUGUUUUUUUAAGCAAAUAGCCUAAGUGUGAAAACACAAACAGCAAUUUACUGGGCUGGCUUGCGCAGCGGAGAAACCAUAAGCCGCGGUGUGGGGCAACAGAAAUUCCGGGAUGAAAACACAAAGAAAUCUGGGCUAAAAACACAGAAAAAAUAUGGGGUGAAAACACAAAAAUCCGGGGUGAAUAUGUCUCGUCGGUCAGAGCAAAUUGAACAUUUUUCAGUGGAUUAAAGGGGCCGUGAUUUGCUUCUUUUUAUUUUUUACCUCUUUUUUUAAAAACGAAUAUUCGAAUAUUCGCUUCGAAUCAGUGCCGAAUAUCCGGAGCUCAAAAAACGCUAUUCGGGCCAGCCCUAAUUUAGAUAUAUGUACGUAUUCAGUCUGCAGUGUUCUAAUUGUCCUUUUAUGUUGAUUACUUAAAGGAGAGGUUCAAGACCCAUGAAGGCCCAUUACAGGUAAUAUACAUACAGAGUAUCUGAUUUAAAGAUACAGUAAAUACAGACUUUUAUUGUAAGGAAUAAAGGUUAUUUCUUGCAGUCUAUCUCAAGAUGGUCUAAAACAAGAUAAAUUCAGAAUUCUUUUGCUUUUCACUGUGGGAAUUUAGAAGCAUUAAGCAAUUGGGAGCAAUUAUGGCAGGCAUUUCUAAAGAGCUCAUAUUACAGCAAAAACUCUUACUGUAUAUGGAAACUAAACUGCAAAAACAAAAAACAGCACAUUUACAUACACUAUAUGGACAAAUGUUUUGGCACACCUACAGGAGUUUUUUUUUUAAUAACAUUCUAUUCUAAAUCCAUAGUGAGUGAUUAAAUUAGUUAGUUUACCCUUUUUAACAGUUUUAACAGCUGGUUUGGUAAACUGCACUGUAUAUUUUAGCACUUGUCAGCCCCACUCUGUAUCUCAAAUUUCCCUUUUGAGUUACUGUAGUUUAACACUUCCACUUUUCAAUAAUACCACUCCCAGUUAAUUGUGGAAUAUCUUGAAGGACUAGUUGUUGCAGUGGAUGCAUCCAAUUGAAGUUCUUUAGAUUGGCCUUUUCUUUUACUAAUUGUUAAAAAGACUACAUAACUAGGUGCUUGAUAUUAAACAUCUGAAGCAAUUGGACUGAAUAAAACACCGGUCCCAAUGUUUUUACUCAUAUACUGUAUAUCUGUGUAUUCAACGUGCAGUAUUUCAUUUAAAUAUUAAAUUGAAAGUUUUCAUGUCAGAUUUAAGUAAUAAAGGUUAGAAGAUGGCUAUUUAGAAAUGUCUUCUUUACCCUGUGAUAUACAAAUGUCACAAGCAGACUGCUGAAAAUACUAAAAUACAACAGAAAUUGUGGCAUAUGGGCCCUUUAAGUCAGUCCAAUCAAUCAGUGUGUUAUUCCCAAAAAAUGCACAAACAAGCAAAUAAAUUGCAUGGGAAUCUACAGAGAAACAGCACAGCUCUCUGUUUCUGCACCCACAGUCACAGGGGCUAAUGUUGGCGGUUCCAACAGUUCAGAUUAACACAGGUCAGUACAGAAAAAGGUCAGUUUAAACAAUACCAAUUUUUCUGCAUUAAUACACUUUGUUUGGGGAAACAUUACCAAAGGUCUGUAUGCAGUAGAUAACCGUUUUUAUUUAUUUAUAUAAAUCAUUAGAUAACGCUACCCAACAUCCCCUAAUCUCUACCCUUCCCCUUAAACGCACUCCCCAUUCACACACACACACACACCUACCCGACUGCCAGUGAAAACCUGUUUAGAGCUUGUGUUAGAUUGCAGUGUGCAGGUAGACAGUGAGAGUAAAAAUACAGCCAUAGAUCUGUUACAAAACUGUUCGUCUCAACACUGUUUUCAUACCUACAGCUGCACUAGUUGAGUUUGUUUUUUCUCUCUAUGGCUUUAUAAUUUUUCUAUUUUUUUAUUAAACAAUCAGCCUUGUAUUUAUUCUUAUUGUCCAUCUUGCAGCUAAUGCUUGCUGCUAGUCUGCCUUAAAUCAAUGUUUUUAUUAGCUAUAUGAUUUAAUAAAGAUCCAGUAAGUUACAUUUUA